ACUACAUCCGUUGUUUAAAUAUAUCGUGAAGCCAGUGGGUUUCUCCUGUACAAAGUAUCAUCUAUAUCGCGUCUUGAUGUAAUCUACAGGCGCUGUUAGAGCCACAGUUCGACAGUUCAAGUUUCCCUGUCUGAGUUGAAUAAGCGGGAAUUUUUUUAUUUAUAAAUGGCGACUGGAGAGAAAGAUAGUAUUUCCAAGCUAAAUAAACAACUCAGAUCUGUUACUACAGGAAAAGAUAUCAAAGAGGAAAUGGCUCUCGUCAUGACUCCUCACACCAAUUGGGAACAAUACUUAGUUCCUGCUCCAUUGUCUAUUGCUCUCUUAGGAGAUCUAAUGUUGAUAACGAACGACACAGAUUUCAGUCUGGAGAAUGCUAAACCAGAAGGUGGGUUUAAAUUUAUGCGAUAUCCAUCUUCUUUUCGUGCUUCUUUGGCUCAAGUCAGUAAUGCUGGAUGGGAUGCUUUUAACGAAGCUCACAAAAACAUGGAUCAAAUUCGCUUACAUUCUGCCAAUGUCCCCGUAUAUUUGGAAAAAACUGUUAACAUUCUUAUGAAAGGUACGAGUGAAGACAUUGAAAACGUUUUACCCAUUCCGUUGCGUGGGAUUAAACAUAUUGCAGAUCAAUGUCUACAUUUGGCUCAAGCUACAGAAGAUAGAUUCAUACAUGUCAUGAAUUUAACAGCAGAAAUUUUGGAAGCUUGUACAAGUGCCAAAUGUUCUUAUGAAGAUGAUCUUCGUGAAACAAAAAUAGCACUGAAAGUUGCUAAAGAACAUGAAAAAGCUGUUCAAGAAGAACGUUCCAUGGCUCAAGAUCAGUUAAAAGAAAUUAAGAAAGAGAUUCAAUCAGCAGAGAAAACAUUUGAAGAAGCUAUGAAAUCUAUUCCAAGUGGGUGGGAAUUAAUCGGUAUGUCGUUUGUAGAAGGUCUUUCAAAUGGUGUGAAGAACGUUUUAAAUGGAAUGUCUUCCAUAAUGAGUAGAAAAGAAAAGGUAAAUACAGAAGAAACAGGUAAGCCCACGACAACAGAGUCAACACCUAGUCAACUUAAAAUGGAUAAAGCCACAUUAAAAAGCCUUAUUAAGGUUUGUUCUAAAGCAGAAGUUAUUCAAAGUUUGUCCCAGAUGUUACAGACUUUGAUCCAAGAUGAUGAUUCAUUAAAUGAAGAGGAACUUCGAAGAGGAGAAUGUGUGAGUUAUGUUGCUGUAUACACCGGUAUAGUUCGAAAAGAAAUCGGUACUGAAAGUAUAUCGAAAAUGCAAAUUAAAGCUGCAGAUAUAUGUAAUAAAAUGAUCGGUAUCUGUAAAGAUCUCAAAGAGAUGAAAAAAGGCAUUCGAGUUAACGAAACGGAAUUGAUAGUUGAGAGAAUAAGAAAAGUAAAUGAUGAAGCAAUGGAAUUUAUGACAGAAGCCAAAGUAUUUUUAGGUUCAACUGCUAUGGACGGGAAACCACCUAAGCAAGCUAUGUGGAGCAGUAAAGGAGACGGAAACGUUGUUCAAAGUAUAAUCGAAAAUGGCAAGUAUAAGUUAGAGCAUGCAUCUCAACACUUGCAAAAUGUAAAAGAAUCACAAUCUUCUUCUUAUGACAAGCUAGUCGAAGCCAAUAAAAAACUAACAAAAGUUCUAUCAGACAUGGCUAAGUUGGACAUACAAGAAAUCAAUUUUGAACAAAUUAGAAAAAUGUUAAUCAAAGGAAUGAAAGCUCUUGGAGAAGUGCGGCAUCAGUGGGGAAAGAUGGUUCGGUUCUUCCAAAUGAUGUCUAAUAUUAUUGAAUGCAGCCUUAGCAGUUCUUUAAAUAAUUUUGUCGAGUACGUGAAGAAAGGGGAAGUUUGUGGUAUAGAAGGUUACAAUAUCAGUGAUUUAGUGAAAGAUAUGAUUUACCAGGAAGCCUUUGAAGCUGCUAAAAUUGCGUACAUGGUCAAUUCGAUUUCAGGAGUAUACGUAGAGGUUUCAAGCAAAUACAUAAUGGACAGAGUGUCCAGCCUUGGGACACUCCUUGGAUUAGAUCCAGAAACGGAUAAAGCUUUGAUAAUUCAAGAACGACAAAAACUUCAUAAUGGAUGCAAGGACGCUCAGAGACAGAUUGAGUCGCUUGUUCUUAUGGAAAAAGAUGAAUUCAAUCAUCGCAUCAAUAAAAGAAUUUCUCAAUUGAAGCAGAACUUGGAUGGUGCUCUACCAAUGAUUUCUGCAGAGACAUCAAAUCGUAUUCAGAAAUCAGUGGCAGCUGGAAUUUCGGCUAGUAAAGAGUUGACACCGUAGGCGGGGGGGGGGGGGCGAGCUCCCCUUAGCUUGCAAUACAUUCGGCCAUUCGGGUAGAUUUUUCAGGCAGAAAAUAUAACCUCAAAACCUUAU